AUGAAGCUGCUGACUGUCCUCCUGCUGGCUGCCCUUCCCCUCUGCUGCUCUGCAGGUUCUGGCUGUCAACUUCUUGAAGAUGUAAUUAAUAAGACAAUAAAUCCAGCUGUGUCUAUGCCUGAAUACAAAAGUGUACUCUAUGAGUUUACAAAUGGUGAAACGGACAAUGAGGCUGUUGAGGAAUUUAAAGAGUGUUUCCUUAACCAGUCGAAUGAAACUCUGGAAAACAUCGGAAUCCUGAUGCAAAUCAUCUAUGGCAGCAAAUUUUGUCAACAGUACUAA